ACCACCAUCCCCUCACCACAAAGAUGUCGACGUCAAUCCUCAAGGACCCAUCACUCAUCGAAUUCCUCGAACUCACAGAAGAAGUACGCUCACUAUGCCACCGAGUCCUCUCCUUGCCCUCUUCAGACGCGACACAACAAGCUCGAGACAGACGAACAGCGAUGACCUACCUCACCCGCCUACGACAAUUGAACAGAUCAGCGCAACUACAAAGCCGAGCAGCGAAGCAAACUACAGCUGAGGCGAAACAAGAGCUGGAUCGUGCGCAUCUGGAGUUACAGAAUCUGUACUAUGAGCAUCAGCAUUUCUUGAGUGAGAUUGCACAGUGUGAGGAUUAUGCGGCAACAUAUAUUACGUUGGAUCUGGCGUCCGAGGAAGACUUCCUCUCUUCGCACCCUGAACAACCAUCAUCCGACCCACAUGUCCUCAUGCUCGCAAGAAUACAGGCCGAGGGUGACGAACGGGAUCGACUAGAAGUACUCAGGAAGGAGUUGAUCGCGAAGAAAGCGGCGCUGGUCGAAGAGAACAAGAAGAGAAAGGAUGAAAUGGAAGCAUGGGAUGCAGAGAUGUUGAAGUUUAUCGAGUCGGCAGGACCUAUCAAGAAGACCUUGAUGAAGUAUUAG